UUUCCGGCAGCCGGGCCAUUGCCCUAACAGCGGGGCUCCCAGGGUGCCUCGCGGCAGCGGCUGCAAGCUCAUGGCGACGGGGGCGCGGCCGUUCCUGCUGCUCGCGCUCUGGGCGCUGGCGCGUCCAGCCAGGAGUCCCGAGGAAGAGGGCGACGGAGGGUGGCGGCGCCGCGAGCCGGCGGCGCCGGCCGUCGUGGCGGAGGAGGAGCGCUGCACAGUGGAGCGUCGGGCGGACCUCAGCUACGCCGAGUUCGUGCAGCACUACGCCUUCUCCAGACCUGUCAUUCUGCAGGGGCUCACUGACAACGCGAAGUUCCGGGCCCUGUGCUCCCGUGAAAGGCUGCUGGCCUCGUUUGCGGACAGCAUGGUCCGGUUGAGCACUGCCAACACCUACUCCUACCAGAAAGUGGACCUGCCCUUUCAGGAGUAUGUGGAGCAGAUGCUGUACCCUCAGGACCCUUUCUCCAUGGGGAACGACACCCUGUACUUCUUUGGGGACAACAACUUCACCGAAUGGGCAUCACUCUUUCAACACUAUUCCCCACCUCCAUUUGGUCUGCUAGGUACCACUCCUGCUUACAGCUUUGGGAUCGCAGGAGCCGGAUCUGGAGUGCCCUUCCACUGGCACGGGCCCGGGUUCUCGGAGGUGAUCUACGGCCGCAAGCGCUGGUUCCUGUAUCCCCCUGAGAAGACACCCGAGUUCCAUCCCAACAAAACCACACUGGCCUGGCUCCGGGACACAUACCCGGCCCUGGCACCAUCUGCACGGCCCCUGGAAUGCACCAUCCAGGCCGGUGAGGUGCUGUAUUUCCCUGACCGAUGGUGGCACGCCACACUCAACCUUGACAUCAGCGUCUUCAUCUCUACGUUCCUCAGCUAACCCAGGGGGUGGCUGGCCUGCUGGGCCCGGAUGUGGCCGUCAUCCUCUUCACCCUCGUGGUUCCGCUGACACUCCUCCAGCUCCCUGGGGUGGACCACACAGCUGAUCAGAGAUGGAUCUGGCCAGAGGAGAUCAGACUCCACUCCCACCUUGGGCUGAUUCAGGCCCUGUUCCCUCAUCUCCUGCUUGCCCAGGCUGGUCCUCAAUAAACGCUUAUGUUCACGACUCAGAA